CCUUGCCAUCGCUCCAUGACACGCUCCCGCCUUUUAACAUUGCCAUUUUCGUGUUGCAGGGGUCCCUUCAGCUUGGUCCGGCGAUGCGUCCACCGGGAGACCAACCAGCAGUUUGCAGUCAAGAUCGUGGACGUGGCCAAGUUCACCUCCGCUCCGGGACUGUCCAUCAAUGACCUGAAGCGCGAGGCCACGAUCUGCCACAUGCUGAAACAUGAGCACAUUGUGGAGCUGCUGGAAACCUACUCCUCAGAGGGGAUGCUUUACAUGGUCUUCGAAUAUAUGGACGGCGCCGACUUGUGCUUCGAGAUUGUCAAGCGAGCCAUGUCCGGCUUCGUCUAUAGUGAGGCAGUGGCCAGCCACUACAUGCGGCAGAUCCUGGAGGCGCUGCUGUACUGCCACGAGAAUGACAUCAUCCACCGGGACAUCAAGCCUCACUGCGUCCUGCUGGCCUGCAAGGAGAACAGCGCCCCGGUCAAGCUGGGAGGCUUUGGCGUGGCAAUCCAGCUGCAGGAUGGCGAGCUUGUCAAUGGAGUGUCAUCUCUCUCUCCCCCUCAGAUGGGACGGAUAGGGACUCCACACUUCAUGAGUCCCGAGGUGGUAGAGAGACAGCCCUAUGGCAAGCCUGUGGACGUGUGGUCUGCCGGGGUGCUGCUCCACAUCCUGCUCUCCGGCACCCUUCCCUUCUACGGCACCAAGGAACGACUGUACGACGCUAUAUGCCAGGCCAAGCUGCAUCUGAAUACGACCACGUGGGAGGGGGUGAGUGACCAUGCCAAGGACCUGGUGCGCCGCAUGCUGACCUUCGACCCUAACGAGCGCAUCACGGUCAAGGAGGCCCUCAGUCACCGCUGGAUCAAGGACCGCGACAAGUACGCCUCCCGCACUCACCUUCACUCCACGGUGGAGGAGAUGCGGAAGAUGAACGCGCGCCGGAAGCUGAAGGGCGCGGUGCUGGCUGCCGUGUCCUCUCCUCGCUGGACAAGCUUCUAUAGUGACCCGACUCUGGACCCUUACCCAGAGCUGCCGGCCGACGACGACGUGUGUAGUACUGGAGCAGUAAGCGUGGUGCUGGACUCCCUCGAUGACAUCCAGUGCCUGCAGGAGUGCCCCGUCAAGGACAGGGACUUCCUCCUCUCCGUCCUCGAAGACACGCAGCUCCACGCCCUCCUUGAUGUACUCCAUCACAUCCAAACCCAACAGGUAAUUGAUUGAUUAUUCGCUGAUGACUUCUCCAAUUAGGUUGUUAGGGCUUAAGCAAUAACCAAGAAGUGAUUAACAGAUGUAUAGAUGUAAGGGUAGUGAGGUGUGUGUUCUGUGUGCACGUAUG